UUUUUAAAAAAUAAAAUAGUCAAAUGGUUCAUUUAAAUAUAAAAUCCUAAGUAGAUCCUAAAGAAAGUCCAUUCACUCAUUAAUGGGAUUCCGAUGUAAGAGCUAACUAUGGGUCUUAUUAAAAAGAUAUUGAUAGAGUCACCUACUAAUUAUAGAGAUCUUAAAGAAAUAUAGCUUUUACAGGAUAAUGGAUGUACCCUAAAUUCUUCUAAAAAGACAUUUUAUAAUUAGAAUUAUUGAGAAAAAAGUAGCAAUUAGGAAAAAUAUAUCCAAAUGAAGUAAGUUCCUACAAAUCUAUUAACUCAUGUAUAUCAUCAGAUUUAAAUAAUACUUUUAAUGCUAAAUGGAUGUGGCCAGUUAGAGGUGUAGCUGUUGGAGGUGGUUUGUUUGUUGUAGCUCAGUUAUUUAACUUACCUUAUUCUUUCAGAUUGGGUAUGUUUAUUAUUCCUGUAGUUGCUGAAGUUGCUUGGACAUGGGGAAAUAGAGAAUCAUUAUUUAGAUCUUUGGAAUUUAUGGACUACUUAAUAUAGUAUAGAACUUCAAAGGCUUUAUUAGAAGUUAAUUAACGUCGUUUUGAUAAUGAAUAAGUUUCAUCUUAUAAGAAAACUAUAAAUUCUAAUCAAUCUGUACAAGAUUUACAUAAUUAACUUGUUAAAUUGGUUUAUAGUUAACAAUGAUUAUAUUUUUUUUUCAUUUUUUUAAAUAGGAUAAUUAUGUUAAAAAAGAUUAUUUAGCUUAAUAUAAGAUAUUAUAUUUUACAUAAUUAUUUAUAUAUUUUUUUAUUAUAAAUUAUAAUAUUAUGGAAUAAAAAAUUUUUUUAAUC